AUGAGCGAAACAUACAUACAGGACGAAGGUGAUUUAGGGUACGAGGAAGAUUACAUUGAAGAGGAAUCACUCCACACAAAUGAAAACGAAGCGAAAGUCGACAGCAGACCUUUGAGCCCGAGCCGAGUUCCUACCAGAGUCAGAGCUCCCUCACCCAAGUCUAAUGAUUACAGAUACUCAUCGAGUUAUCAUGUAAAACAAGCCGAAAAAGCAUUAAAAACUUUAAAGAGUGUCGUGAAAAAACCUGGAUGGGAAAAAGUUCUAACGCAUAAGAGUGGCGUAGUCGUUUACACCAAAAUGGGGGUCAAUAGACAUGACAGAACUCCUGUGUACAUGGGCGAACAUGUAAUCUCGGGUGUCUCGCCGCAAUCGGUUUUCGCUGUUAUCGGAAUGAGAAAACUUUGGGAUGAAUGGUAUGAGGAAGGUAGUCUCGUGGAAAAUUUGAAUGAUACAACGAGUUCCACCUAUAUGGUUAUGCAGGCAUUUGGUUCCAAAGCUAGGGACUUGUCCUUGGUGGAAAAAAUUGAAUGCACCCCGAGCGGAUCAAUCUUUUUCGCUGCAACCUCGAUAGAAAAUCAAAAGGUUCCUCAUAUGGACGGAAGGGUUCGAGCGGAAAUUAAACUUAACGGUUGGAUACUCGAACCGAUACCUUUUUCACCACCAAAAACUAAGGUCACCUACGUUUUGCAAGCGCAAACGAGCGGGUGGAUACCAUCGCUAUUGGUUAAGAAAUAUCUAAUGAGGCGACCACUUGUAAUAAACACCAUCGAAACCUAUUUGAAAAAGAACGGUCCGCCUCCAAUGAUCAUUAGCACCACCCCUCCUCCUUCCCGAAGAGUUUCUGGAAGGACCAGCAAUGCCUCUGUUGAAGAUGUUAAUGUGGAUGUUAAAAAUUUAAGAAAGAAAAGGAUGACGAGAGAACGACGAGAGACCUCGCCGAUUAACGGUUUUAAGUCGGGCGUGGCGAACGGGAAACUCGAGUUCUCAUCCCUCCACGAUCAAAAAAAGUUGAUAAGAGAUUCGUCCGCACUUAGUUCUACUUCGUCACUAUCACUUAAAGAUGCAAUCUCAAGCUCUCAAUCUUCACCUGUCAUACCGAACGAUUUCGUUCUCGACGAACAUUCGACCAAUUCUUCGUUGAAACAAAAAUCGACACAACACAUUCCGAACACGCAUCGCCACGCAGAAGCGGCAUUUAGGGCGAUAACCACCGCCAAAACUUUGGCCAACGAUUACGACAGGUGGAAUAUUGAUAUCGACGACCAAGGUGUAAAAACUUUUACAAGAGAUAUCUAUGAUAAACUGACACCACUGAUGCGUGGUGAAACUAUCAUUUCUGGCGGGUUCACCCCCGAAGACAUCUUAUCAGUUGUUAACAGUAUCGAUAUGAGAAAGCUUUGGGAUGAUCGGUUCGAAGAAGGAAAAGUGAUUGAAAGAUUUGGACAAGAGGAUAUACUCACGAGAGUUUGUAUGAAGGGAACUUUUCCUAUCAGUGGUCGAGAUCUCGCGACGAUAUCCAGAAUCGAAAAAGAGCAAGAAACCGGUACCAUUUGGUUGGCAAGUACGUCGGUAUUCGAUCCAUUAAUCCCGGAAAGUAGAAAACACGUUCGCGCCGAACUGAAUAUUAGCGGAUGGAGAUUGCAACCGAUUAUUAAUAAAUUAGGCCAAUCCGAUUCGGUUAGUGUGACAUAUAUUGUUGACAUCGACAUAAAACUUGAAUCCAUUCCUUCUUCGAUAUUCAAGAGCAUAUUGACGCAAACGCCUAUGUGUGUCGCAAAGAUUGAUGAGUUGAUAAAGAAGAUUGGACAUCCACCAUACAUAAAAUCUUCCUCGGGAACAAUAAUUUCAGAAGUGUUGGACACAAAGACCUAUCGGUAUGAUCUAACCAUAGAGUCGGUCGGUUGUGGGGAUGUGACGACGAUUAAGAUAUCAAAAACGAUGUACCCAUCCGGUUUUAAUAUUUUCAUAAUGCCCGAAAAUUCAAAGAUUGUAUUAUCACCUGGCAGAGAUGUGGUGAGCAUAACGCUACCCAAUGAAACAGGAGUUGAAACACUGGACAUUAAGAUUAUAAAAAAUCAUUCGGACAAUGUUCGGUAUACCUUCAAAGGAGAAAAUAUUCCCAUUGAUCAUCCGAAAGAAGCCGAAAAGGAAAUUGUCGAGCCACCUUCACCGGUGCAUCCCACGCAAGAUGACAAAAACGAUAACAAGGUCGACAACGAUGAUGACAGCAUCGAAAAUGAUUACAGAAUCGACAACGAUGAUGACAGAAUUGAAAAUGAUUACAGAAUCGACAACGAUGAUGACAGAAUCGAAAAUGAUGAUAACAAAAUCGACAACGAUGAUGACAGAAUCGAAAAUGAUGAUGACAAAAUCGGCAACGAUGAUGACAGAAUCGAAAAUGAUGAUGAAAAAAUCGACAACGAUGAUGACAGAAUCAAAAAUGAUGAUGACAGAAUCGAAAAUGAUGAUGACAGAAUCGAAAAUGAUGACAAAAUCGACAACGAUGACAGAAUCGAAAAUGAUGACAGAAUCGAAAAUGAUGAUGACAGAAUCGAAAAUGAUGAUGACAGAAUCGACAAAAAUGAGACCUCUUCAACGAACGCAACGCUUGUUGCAAGAGAUGGUUUCGAUGUGAAACUUUUGAGUGAGAUGGAUGUAGAAGGAGAUGAACAUGGUGAAAAAGAGUAUAAUAAAUUUAAACGCGGUUUACUGGGUUCCAAUCUUAAAAGUAUUACAGACCCUAGCACAUUUCAGCCUAUCGAAGAAGUUCAAAACAAAACAACGCCAAAGGAGAAGAAAUCGACGGACAACCAAAAAACCGAUUAUCCCAUCUCAAGAUCUGAGCAAUUUGAAAAAAAGUAUGUUCCCACACCAUCUUUUAAGGCCAACAAAACGAAGUACAUUCCGGAACCCAUGUUCAUGGAAUCUACUGAGACGCACACUCCCGAACAGACCGACGAUAACAACUUAUCAACUUCACCCACCUACACACUACUAUCCUCACAUUCCGAGAAAUCGACUUCUCAACAAAGGGCCUCACGUAGGAUAUCUUCACGCAUGUUACCCGAAUAUCUGUUAAAUCAAUCCCAAUUUGACCUGGCGGACAACGAGAUAAACAUUAAUAAUGGAGGUAGCAACAGCAAGGGGAAUAAAAGGAUUAGUAUCUUCGCAACGGAUAACAACAGUAAGAAUAGGAUUGGAGUGAUGCUGGGCGAAAGUGAAAUUAGCCUUAGUCCACAACAGGCUAGUCUAACGCUUUUCCUUAUG